UUUGGCAUACACAACAAAUUGCAGAAAACUGUAUAUCACAGCAGAAUUCCGGCUCACAGGACGCGCAAUUCUGCACGUCAAUACGUUCUCGCGAAAAUAAAGUGGUUUGAGUUGUUUUUCUCAGUUUUCCGGUGAACAUCAUCAAACUUCAUACGAGCUGUGCUACUGAAGUAGUUUUGGAAAGGACUCAAUCAUUGGCAAAAAUGGAAGUCGACACCAUCCGGAUUACCCAUUAUAUCAAUCCGCACAUGUUCUGGUACAAACCAGUGUCCGCUUACGUGCAUAAUUUGGAGGAGAAGCGUUUUCAGCUCGCAAUUGACGAAUAUUGCGAAGAGAACUUCCGCCAGUCGAGUACCGAGCACGACUACAAUGCUUUUCCGGGCGAGACAGUCGCUGUGUUGGAUUUUGAGCGGAAUAAAUGGUGCCGUUGUGUUGUGGAUGACGUCGUUGAGGACAACAGCGGGGAGAAGCUGUACAAUUUGUGGGCGAUUGACGAUGGAGUCCCACUGCAAUCGUCCUCGCGAUACGUCAAUCCACUGCCGAAAAAAUUCUCAUCGGAGGACACCAGCAAAGUUAAGAGAGGGGCAAUCAAAAAUCUGCUGCCUUCGGAAUGCGUCUAUGACUACAAUGCAGACAAAAUAGUUCCGAAGAUAACACUUCGUUGGGACGUUGGGGCAUCGAACGUGUUGCAAACAAUCAUCAAAAACUCAGCCGUUGUGUUCUUCAAGAAUGUAACGAAACAUAAGAUCCACAAUAUACCGAUUGACUUGGGAGAACUGGAAAUGAUGACACGCAAAAAUAACAUUUUCAGUGCCGGUGAGGUUCUCAAAGAAAUGCGUCGGGCUACAGAGGUGGAGCCUAGAGAUUUUAUAACGAAACUUUUGGAGAUCCAAACUAUGAGCGUUAAUCGAUUCCAUGCGGGUGACUCAAGUGACAGUGCUAAAAGAAAUCACGGCAAGCAGCAGAUUAUCAGCCCGAGCAAAUCAUUUCCUCGAUAUGACCGUAAUGGUUUCGUUGGAAUGUCCAACGGAAUGGCAGACGAUUCAAGCAUACGCGAGUUAGAGCAAAAUGGAGUGUACGAAGAAGAUUUUGAUGAGAGUGCCAGUAUGGUGAAACCAAAUCAUGUCCCUGAGCGCACUCGUCAAAAGCAGCCGUUCGCAGGUACGAUCGCAGAAAAUUCACAGUCAGAAGAAGAGUUAUAUCCGGUAUCAUCAUCCCGCGUGAAGGCCGGUGUUAACGACGAUUAUGAAAGACAACUAUGGAAACAGGAAAUUCGUCCACCGUGUCACGAUACAUUCUCACGGCUGAAGAUUACUGACCCAAAUCAAAGUAUAGGCUCCAGUGCCACGGCAAAUAAUACACCUGGAAGUUCUCCAAUGACGGUUAAUGCUCACGAUAAAGACAACAAUGAGAGCAAUAUCAAUAGGAUUGAAAAGCCAAAAACAACCGUUUCGUUCCUCAGCAAACUGGAAAUGCACAAAAAGUUGCGAGCGGCACAGAAGGCAGCCUCCCCCAGCACUGUGGAACAGAAGCCUCCGUCGGUGCUAAUGAAUAUCGUACCAGCUGGGUUCGAUAUGGGUAAUGUGAGCUUCGACAAUGGGAAAUUAGUUGCCGGCGACUCGUCGGAUUCCUCGGAACGUAGAGCUAAGCAUACAACGCCAAGUUUCAAUCCAAGAAAAUCUGCCAAUCAGCAACAACAACGUCAAACUCCACCAUCGGGUGCGGACAGAGAUGUUGACGGACAACAUCUCGAUUGUGAUUCCAGCAGCAAACAAAGCUCCAAGGUGUACAUGUCGAAGCAAACAAGCCGUUUCGAUAAGCUUAUUGAAGAUGAAGCAUGUGUCCGGUCCAGAUUGUGCCACCAGCGGUUGCUAGUUCAUGGCAAGCGCCUUCCAAAGCCGGUGGAAAAGCUCGAAAAUGCCAACUUCUGCGCGGAAGUACAUCGGGAGCUGAGUAUGUUGAAUUUUGGUUCGAUACAUCGCAUCCAGACGUACGCUUGGCCCCACAUUCUGCGUGGUAACUCCUUCUUCUGUGUCAAUUCGCCAGCAACCGGGAAAACGUUUGCAUAUCUGCCGGCUAUUUGCUCCGUGAUUUUGAAAAUGCACGAUGAAGGACUAGUUCCGGAGGGAGCUGGUCCGCUAGCAAUUAUUAUUUGUAAAUCAUCCAGAGAAGUUCAGCGGGUGGCAAGUUACUGCAGGAAAAUGAUGAAUUCCUCGAUCAACAAGAUGAUGGUGAUAGUCGAAGCAUUUGGAGCAAGAGAUAUACCAAAAGUUUGUAAUCUUCUGCUCAAUGGUUGUGUCAUAUUAGUGGCAACCGCGCCAGCAUAUCGCCGAGUUUACGAGAAUAUGCCAAAUGCUUUUGUCAAGAAGCGGAUUCAGUCGAUUAUUAUCGAUAACAUAGAUGCCAUAAUCGAGCGAUUCGGUAGUGAGUUGCAGCUGCUGUGCAAAAAUUGCGACAAGCCAGAGCUCCAAAUGGUCGUCACUGCGAAUUAUUGGAGUCCACUUUUUUACGGUUUCUUGAGGAAAUACAAAAACAUGGUCAUUUGCAUUGGCGCCUAUCUGGAAGCUGCAGUAUAUGGCAAGUCCAAUUUGGUGUUGAAACUGAAAUCGCAAGCCGCUAAGUUGAACGAAAUUCUAAAUUUUGUCAGAGAAAACAACUACCAGAGCGAACGUAUAUUGAUUGUUUGCAGUGAAGCUUCUGAAGUGUAUGAAGUAGUGGAACAGCUUAAGUCUCAGUCGAUAACUCAUAUGCGCUGCAACGACCUGACAACUCUCACACAGAUGGAUGGCUUCAGGGAAUGGGAUAACCAACUGCCUGGUGAAAUGCACGUUUUGGUUUGCUAUGAUGCAGUGCUACCAGAUCUGGAAAUAUCCAAGGCUCAACAUAUAAUUCACUACUCGCUGUCGAAAACAUGGACCACAUUCGCCAGAAGAUUUGCGUGUUCGUUUGGGUACUACAAGGACCCAUUCCGAGAGGAAGCUAACAAAUCAAGACAAUCUUCAUCGUCUCUCAUACUUCUGGAUGAAAACAACAAUGAUCAGUUGCCCAAGCUGGUGGAAUACCUCCGUAUACACAAUAAUGAAGUAGCCGAGCCAAUUGUUAAACUAGCGAAUAACAUCCGCAUACAGCAGGAGGAGAACAAACUUGCCACGGGGAAUCCGGUAGAUUUUUGCUCCCAAGUACUAGACUUUGGUAAAUGCCGUAGCACGGGAUGUAUGAAACGGCAUGUGUUCACGACGAGAGAUUUGGCAACGGGAGAUACACCGACCAGUGGAAUAGUGAAGAUGAAGAUAAACAACAUGUUUUCACCGACACAUUAUACAGCACGGUUGAUAGAGCAUCGCGAAUAUGGAGCUUCUGGCUGGACCACGUUAAACGAUUCAGGGAAAUUUUUCUCUCUGGACCUCGAGAUACAACAACACUACGCAAACGAAGAUCGCCAUCGCUGCCACGGUAAUGUUCACUACAAUGAUUGCUGUAUAAUCCAUGACGAGCACAGAUAUUGGCGCUGUCGCAUUAUCAGUAUUGACCAAAAGAAAGAAACCGUGAAGACUAGCAAGAAAGUGAAGGUGAAGCUGCUGGACGUUGGACGUACCAUCGAUUGUGUUUCAUCGGAAUUGUUGUAUAUACCGAAAGAGUUCUGUGCAUUGCCGGCCCAAGCAAUCGACGUUCGUAUUAUCGGGGUUGUGCCGCACGAUUUCGAAACCGAAUGGGACAAACGGGUAACGGUGACCAUAAGGGAAUGGAUUGACAAAUAUACCGCAGAUGACAGGUUUCACGUGGAGGGAAAGGUACUGCUUGCGGUGCGGGACACAAUUUGGGUGGAUACAAUUAGAUUGGUUGAGCAUCUGGGCGGUAUUAAUGCGGAAGUUCACGAAAUUCACGUCAAGUCGGAGAUUGUAGGUAAAGUGUUUGGAGUGACAGACAAAGAACCAUUGGAGCUUCUGAAGCGAAUGGUAGAGAGAUGUGAGGCGUUCAGGAAACGCGCUAAUGAUACGGUAGAAGAAGGAAGUUGCGCGUCUGACGAGGGAACCGACACAAGCGGCGAGAGAGAUUUAGAGACGAACGAGUUUUUUCGGAGCGGCACUAAGUGCAAAGAGGUGGACAAACCUAGAGAGGCAUCCUCCCGUUUGAAACUUACUAAACGCAGCUAUGAUGUUGAGUACAAAGACGUAGACAAACCCAAAGAUACACCUUCGUCACUCUUGCCAGCUAAGUGCAGUAAUAAUGAGGAGUACAAAAAAGUAGACAAACCAUUGUCUCUGAAACCAAUUGAAUGCAGUGAUGAUGGGGAUGAAUCGGAAAGUUGCAAAUCAGAAACAGUCGACAUAAGCAACCCGUUUGCUGAGGAAGUAAGGAUCGUAGCCAAGGAAGAAAGUCAGCCGGAAGCAGUGUGUGAAUCUCAACGAAGGCCACGACUGAUAUUUGAAGAAUAUGACGAAUUGGAUGAUGAAGUCGUUCAUGAGGUCUUCAUUUCACAAUAUUAUGCUCCGGACGAUUUUUACGUCUGCCGGGUGGAGAAGUUUACCUUCAUCACCUCAAUGAUACGUAACUUUGCUGAGAUUACAACAAAUCUUAUCCCAUUGGAACAAGCACAAGUUGGAGACUUUUGUUUGGUUUUCUAUGAUAAUGCCUAUCAGCGAGCUAAAGUUACCCAAAUCGAGGGCCGUGAUAUAAGUGUGUUCUUCCUAGAUCUUGGUGGAUAUGAUACCUACGCGUCGGUAGACUUAUUUGAGUUACCAGAUGACUUACUCAAAGCUUCACCAUUCUGUGCAAUUAAAGGAAGGGUGGCCUGCUUGAUGCCACGUGAAAAUGAAGACAAAGGCUGGAGUCCGGAAGUUGGUGAUCGAAUUUACGACGAGGUUCUUGCCUGUUACGGCACUUUCCACAGUAAAGUUAUCGAAACGAUGAAAAACUCUGCCAUUGAUGCGAUUGUGAAUUGCAAGUGUUAUCGGUUGCUUCUUUUUGAUCCGGAAAAUGCGCUUCAGUCUUGGAUUUAUGAUGAAAUCGUUGAACUCAAACUCGCUCGUUACAUCGAAGACGAGCGACCUUACGCGGUCGACGUUAACUUUGGGGACGAUGAAUUCAUGAAACUAUUCGACCCGAGAUACAAUGAACAACAACCCAACACGACGGAUGACGACGACGCCCACCCCCACUUUGGGGCCAGAAUUGAGGAAAUUGUAGAAUCAUCACCGGCAGCGUCCCAAAUCGAAGCAACUGUGAAGCCUCAAAAGGCUAAAUCCAGGCUUGCACUUCUGAAGCAGCGUCUUCGAAAAAAGAAAUCCGCUAAAGCAAUAACCUAUCCUAAGCUGAAAUGCAAUUUUCGUAGUCCCAAAACUGUUUGGCGGCAGGAUGAUUCACUGAUUGUGAUACGAAUUGCAGUGCCAGAUGAUGUGCGCUACGACCUCAUGGUGGACCACGAUUCUUUGAAACUAUGCUUCGUUCACGACGAUGACAAGUAUCUGCUGUCACUAAUCUUCUUCGCUGCGAUUGUUCCUGAACUGACCGUCCACGAAGUUCGGGGUCUAUCGAUUCUGGUACGGCUGAUAAAAUUCGUUCAAACGAUACAAUGGCCAUCGCUCAUGCGACAUGGAGAUAAAGUACCGUGGCUUCAGCAGUGUAUCGAGUUGCCAAAUUCGGAUGAAACCGAUACCUACGAUGGCAUGCAUCGCAUCGCACCAACCGUUCCAAAUCUGAACGUGUCGUCGGACAGUUUAAGCGAUGAGCCCGAAUACAGCGACCAAUUUGAUCAGUUUGAUCCAAUCGAAGAUGACUGCUUCCUGAGAGAUGACUGACAACUCUGUUGAAUAUCGUACUUUUCUUUUGCUUUCCUCGAAUUGUCAUUUGUGAUGAACUCUUUUGCUUUCUAGUUCUGUUUGUAUCAACCGGACAUAGAUAGUUUUUGAAAAAUCGAUCUCAGUUAUGUUUUAUAAUUUUGAAGUAAUUUUACCGUUUAUAAAACGAAAUGUUAUUGGCGACUAUACUUUCCAAGUUUGAGAUUGAUUCGGUUUUGUAUAAAGCAAUAAAUUACAUAUAAUUCAACAUUAAUACAACGUAAUUGAAGGCAGUUUUAUCAUUCAGUUUCCAUAAUCCAUGAGAUUUGAUCAAAAUGCGAAGGGAAUUUCGCGGACAUCAUAAGAACGAUCGAUAAUUUUUAUUGUUCUUCGGUCUCUUUUUUUAUAUGUAAUUAGCUGCUCAACUACAAAAAUUAAACUUGUUUUGUAUGUUUGGCAAAUGUUUGUUCAAAAAAGUGACCAGAAAAUUUGAAUCAAACUUUAUUUGAAACAUCAAAUGAAAUGUAGAAGCUCAAUCUGCCGUAUGAGUAAAGCAAAAGUUUAAGUUUGUUACCCUGAACGAUGCAGUUAUUUUCUAUACAACAAUUGCACGGAAAUUGU